AAAUAAGGGAGAUCAAUAUGUUUACUUAAUACCUAUAUUAAUAAUACAGAGAUUUACUAUUAUAUUUAUAUUAAUAUCUAGAUCUAGAUCUACUUACAGAACUCAAUUACCUAAUAUAAUAUAUAGAUGUUGGCAAAAAGGUCAUCUACACUACAGUGUCUCUACACGAAAAAUUAAUUGAAUUUGUUCUAAAUCAAAACAAAGGAAAAAGUAAAUUACCCAGUUCAAGAAUAUUUGUUAAUAAAGUCAUCAUCAGAAGAAGAAGACAUCAAAGUGUCACUGAUGGCUGAUUUAGAGCAUGAAUCCAAUCUUGACCUGUGCAAUGUAAUAAAACAUGAGAAGAAAGAAAGUCUUAAUGAAAUAUGUUUGAUAACACAGUCAUGUGAACUACAAGACGUGAACUUGUCAAAUGUAAAAAUUGAAAAGACUGAAGAAGAUGAAGUAUCUUCUUCUAUGCAGCCAUUUGAAAACAAUUGCCAUGAUCAAACUUGUAAUGUAAUCCCUGGACAUCAGGCAGAUAUUCUAAAGCAGGAGAUAAGAAUGUCUUGUACUACUGAAAGUGAUAAACCAUUGUCCUUAGCAUCAAGGCUACUGGCUAUGUCAAAGAAGACAGACAGAAACUUUUAUCCAGUGCCCAUCAUUUUGCCAAACUUAAAACUGACUGGACACAUACCUCUCCCAGAACUGCCAUUGAGCGAGAUAAAAAUCCUAAAUCAAGAAAAAGAAAUGACAUCAACAAAUGUAUUCCUAAAGGACAUGCAUGAUCAUAUGGAACCAAGAAUUUCCUAUGAAAUUGUUUCAGAUAAAAUCAAGAAUUCUAUUUGCACUGAUAAUCAUCAGAUAAAUAAACUUUUCACUUGCCAAAUGUGUCAAAAAGAUUUUUCUAGCUCUAAAAUAUUACAAAAUCAUGAGUUGAUUCAUGCUGGUGAAAAAACAUUUAAAUGUCAAAUAUGUCAGAAAGGUUUUUCUUCAUCUAGUUAUUUGAAACAACACCAACUGAUUCACACUGGUGAAAAAACAUUUAAAUGUCAAAUAUGUCAGAAAGGUUUUUUUUCAUCUAGUUCUUUGAAACAACACCAACUGAUUCACACUGGUGAAAAAACAUUUAAAUGUCAAAUAUGUCAGAAAGGUUUUUCUUCGUCUAGUUAUUUGAAACAACACCAACUGAUUCACACUGGUGAACAACCAUAUAAAUGUGACACAUGUGGAAAAAAAUUAUUUAAUUUUUCAUCUUUGAAACAACACCUACUAGUUCAUACUGGCGAAAAAACAUUUAAAUGUCAAAUAUGUCAGAGAGGAUUUUCUUACUCUUGUAGAUUGAGAAAGCACCAACUAGUUCAUACUGGUGAAAAACCAUUUAAAUGUCAAGUAUGUCAGAAAGGUUUUUCUUCGUCUAGUUAUUUGAAAAAACACCGACUGAUUCAUACUGGUGAAAAACCAUUUAAAUGUCCAAUAUGUCGGAAAGGAUUUUCUUACUCUAGUAGUUUGAGAAUGCACCAACUAGUUCAUACUGGUGAAAAACCAUUUAAAUGUCAAGUAUGUCAGAAAGGUUUUUGUUUGUCUAGUUAUUUGAAAAAACACCGACUGAUUCAUACUGGUGAACAACCAUUUAAAUGUCCAAUAUGUCGGAAAGGAUUUUUUAACUCUACUCAUUUGAAACAACACCAACUGACUCAUACUGGUGAAAAACCAUUUCAAUGUCAAGUAUGUCUGAAAGGAUUUUCUACCUCUUCUCAAUUGAAAAAACACCAACCUGUUCAUACUGGUGAAAAACCAUUUAAAUGUCAAAUAUGUCAGAAAGGAUUUUCUUACUCUAGUUAUUUGAGACAACACCAACUAGUUCAUACUGGUGAAAAAACGUUUAAAUGUCAAAUAUGUCAGAAAGGAUUUUCUACCUCUACUCAUUUGAAAGAACACCAACAUGUUCAUACUGGUGAAAAAAACAUUUAAAUGUAAAAUAUGUCAGAAAGGAUUUUCUUACUCUAGUAGUUUGAGAAAGCACCAACUAGUUCAUACUGGUGAAAAAACAUUUAAAUGUCCAAUAUGUCAGAAAGGUCUUUCUUCAUCUUAUCUUUUGAAACAGCACCAACUAGUUCAUACUGGUGAAAAACCAUAUAAAUGUGACACAUGUGGAAAAAAAUUAUAGAAACCUUCAUCUUUGAAACAACACCGACUGAUUCAUACUGGUGAAAAAACAUUUAAAUGUCAACUAUGUCAGAAAGGAUUUUCUUUGUCAUAUCAUUUGAAACAACACCAUCUUGUUCAUACUGGUGAAAAAUCAUCUAAAUCAGUGGUUCCCAAACUUUUUUGUCUUGUAGACCCCCCUGCCUUUUUUUUCUGGUUGUUAGUAGACCCAUUGGUUAACUUAUUAUUUAUUUUUUAUUAUUUAUUAUUUUCAAAUUUAUCAUUUUUUUUUAAAGUAAUUUCUUACUGUAGUGAGCUGAGAAGUGAAAAAGUAAUUUAAAGCUGCAUAUUAAGUUAUAGAGAUCUAUCUUUAUUAUUGAUGAAAUUCAAAUUUAAACCAAUUAAAAUAACAAAUAAUUAAUUAAUUAAUAUGCUGGAAUCACCUAACACACUGGAAAUGUUAAUUGUUCUUCGCAGGUUUAUCAUCCAUUGCUAAUGAUUCCAAUAGGAAUUUGUUGUUCUAUGAAGUAGUCCUUCAAACUUUAAAUAUUUAUUAAUUUGCCAAAUGUGUAUCAUUGUUAAAGCUUAUGCAAAGAGCUGUUUCUCCUAUAUUUGUUGAUGUUUCAUGUGUGGCUCAAAUAUUGAGUCCGAAGAACUGUUUUCAUUAACGGCAAAUCAUUAACGGCAGAAGGGGCGAAUAUGAGUUCUAAACCAGAAAGCUUGCUAUCCACUUAGCAAAAUGAAACUGAAUUCAAAACUCUGCUGCAUUGCAACUAUCCCCAAACAUGGUAAUGGUUUCGUGUGUCACCCCUGAGGAAAAAUAAGGAGUUAGCAACCCAUAGGCAGAUUGUAGCAGACAGCGCUACACCCUGUCAGAGCCUCUGACGCAGCUUAUUUUAAACUGUAUCUAUUUUGUUUUCAAAAACAAUAAAUAAGAAGCUCUUUAUUUUACGACACAUGCCACCGAUGUGCCCCUGAACUGUAUUGUUGCUCAAAGAAAUUCUUUUAAUAUUAUUAAAUGUAGGUCUGUGUAAAACGGUUUUUAAAACAACAAUAGCUUGUAAAAUCAAAAUUUUAGGUAUCAGAGAUAUUGUAAGACUCUUACAAACAAUCAUCUUGUCUAUAUGAUGUCGAAGAGAGAUUUUUUGGGUCUGUUCUCUUUCAUUGAGUAUUUGAACGUUUUUCAAAUGUUAUCUAUUUUGUCAUGGUGGCAUUGUCUCAGAUGGUCUGCCAGCGUAACUUGUUUUAUAUCGUCAUAAAUAGGAGCUUAGGCAACUGAUUGUUUGACAAGGAAGGAGUGAAGCCUUAUUUUAAAUAAUCAACGCUGCGUACAGUCUACCUUCAUUUCGUUAUACAUUAGUUACAUGCAGACGAUAUUAAUCUAAAUAAGUAUUGGAAUUAAAUACUGUAAUUUUUCGUUUGAAUAUCGUCACAGUCUCGCUUGACAUUGCCUGUUAUAUGCUUACCUUUGGUCAAGAAGAGGAAAGGCAUGUGAAUCAUCUGAUAUAGAAAGAGGAAGUAAGAAUGACUAAAUGGACUUUUAGUCACUUGUAGCUUUUAGGUCAGUUGAAAGAGUCACUCAUGGGAUUUGAGUCGGUACACAUAUUUCUAGUAGUUGUUUUUUAGCGGCCAUCGAAAGGGCAAAAGACGCUAUUAGUUUUGUGCAAAAUGUCUGUCCGUCCGUCCUGUUUAGAUCUCGUAAACUAGAAGAGAUAUUGAAAAUCCGACAUUUGAAUAAGGAUUCGAAUAAGAGAUUAAGCCUAUUCAAAACAAUUAGAUCAAUUAUAACACAUAAAUAAAUUAUAAUUAUGUUAGGCCAGGGGAGGCGCGGUGGCUGAGCGGUAAAGCGCUUGGCUUCCGAACCAGGGGUCCCAGGUUCGAAUCCUGGUGAAGACUGGGAUUUUCAACUUUGGAAUCUUUGGGCGCCUCUCAGUCCACUCAGCUCUAAUGGGUACCUGACAUUAGUUGGGGAAAAGUAAAGGCGGUUGGUCGUUGUGCUGGUUACAUGACACCCUCGUUAACCGUAGGCCACAAAAACAGAUGAACUUUACAUCAUCUGCCCUAUAGACCACAAGGUCUAAAAGGGGAACUAGUUAGGCCAGGUUCACAUCUAACUUUACAUUCACUUUCACCUAUCCUUUGGUCUCUAGGAUCGUUGGGGCACUACACAAGAUCUGUUAACCUUCUUUCUCCAUUCUUAUCUCUCAUUUUUUUGGAUAUAAUUUCAUUUGGAUGUUCUUUCUGAAAAUAUUGAAGCCUUCUUGGGUGGACCACUUCGGGGGCCGAUUUUGAGUUUGUGUUUCCACACAAACUGUCUUUUGUAACCUUGUUUUUUUUUUUUUUGUAUUUAGAGAUGGGUACGUAUUAUGGAAGUUUAUUGAUAUGUGUACCCGCUGUGAUGCGGACUUUAUUUGUACUCUAGAGGACUUAGUGUAGUUGAUAUCUGAUACCGCUGUUAUGCGAAUAUAAUUAUAUUUCAAAUUGAUUUAUCUUUGUGUAACAACUAUAAAGUUGCAGUAUUUUUGAAUAAAUCUCAAAAUUGUCUACUAAAGUUGGACUCUGGUCAUUGCAUACUAUUCAUGUUUGUUACUUGUUGAGUGGACACAUGAACCCAGCAUUCUAAGGCAUACGCGACACAUUGAUAGUAAUGCCCGAUUCUACACCUGAGUGACCAGCAACACACAUAUACGUUACAAUAGCAAGAUAAAUAUUGAAAGGAUUAACUAAGAUACAAAUAAUAGUAUUGUCUGAAAGAAUGGGAAGUAAAAAGUAUAGUCGGGACCUGCUGAAAUAAAUCCUAUUAUCGUAGACCCCCUGGAAGUCUUUAUAGACAACCAGGGGUCUAUAUAGACCAUUUUGGGAAUCACUGGUUUAAAUGUUAAAUAUGUCAGAAAGUAUUUUCUAUUCUAGUAAUUUGAACCAACACCAACUGAUUCAUAAAAUAUGUCAGAAAGUAUUUUCUAUUCUAGUAAUUUGAACCAACACCAACUGAUUCAUAAAAUAUGUCAGAAAGGUUUUUAUUCGACUAGUUAUUUGAAACAACACGAAGUUAAGUUAAAAAAAAAAGUAAAGUACAGUUUUCUUUCAUACCUUGUGACCUUUAGGACAGAUCAUGUAAAGGUCAUCUGGUUCUGUUGCCUACUGUAUAAGGAUGUUAUGAGGCCAGCACAGCGACCAACUGCCUUUAUACUUUUCCCCAACUAACGACGGGAGCCCAUUACAGUUGGUGGACUCAGAUAUCCCGAAAUUAAAAAUACCUGUCUUCACCAGGAUUCGAACCAGGGACCCCGUUUCAGAAGGCAAUCACUUUAUCGCUCAGCCACCAUUUUUUCCUAUUUCAAACAGCACCAGUUGAUUUAUUAUGAUGAAAGACCAUGUAAGCCCUAAAUGACACAUAUGUGGGAAAGGAAUUUCUGUCACUUCACGUUUGAAACACCACCACCUCGUUCAUUAUUUUCAAGACAUUUGUAUGGAAUAAAGGGAUAAAGGAGUCUUCUAAUUGAUGUGGAAAAAAACAAAACACCAACACUUUUUUCAUAACUCUGAGAGACCAUUUAAAUAUCAAAGAAAAAUAUUUUCACAUCAGUUACCUACUAGUGCGCAUUUUGUCGCAAAUGGACACGAAAAUACGCGAGUACGGUUUAUCUUCUGAAAAUACGCCUUUUCUCCCUCUUAAAAAAAAAAUAAAAAAAUUAUAGGCCUGGAAUAGGCUAUUUUUAUUAGAUCUACCACGAGAAAGUCUCACUUUGCGUACGAAGAUAUAAAUGUUUACCAGAUUUUAGUGAUUUAAAUAGAGCAGAGUUCCUUUCAGUGUGUCAUUUUUUAUGAAGUCUUUAAACUGAUUGAUUAAUAUUAUCAGUGUAAAUUUGCUACAUACAGAUAAUGAAAUUGAUGACAAAUAUACGUGAAUGAUGUUUCUAUGGUACAAUUUGGUAGCCUGAGGAAUUACAGUGUAUAUCUUAUAUUUUUAUGUAGACUUAUUUUUUAGACACUGAAUAUGUCAAAAAUUAAGAGAGUUCAGAUUUUGAGUUUAUCUAAUCAGUAUAUAGAGUUUAAAAAUUCAAUAAGAAAUAAUAAAAUAGCAUUGAGCUGCUUGGCUAAGUAGA